UGUGCUGCUCUCCACAGUUUGGGGCUGAGACCGGGAGUUAACACUGAGGGCGCAGUUAUGAUUUUCCUUUCGUUUCAUUUUAUUUUAAGCACGAAAGAGAAAGAAAGCAAUCCUCAGCUGGGAUGCUGGAGGAGCUGGACCUGGCCGGGAAGGCAGGUGUGCUGUCAUUAAAUUCAGGUGUGCUGCCACUAUCUUCAGGUGCAUUGUCAUCAUGUCCCACAGGGUGUACUGUCCCAGUCUGCAUCAUCCAGGUGUGUUGCAUCCCUCUGUGCCCACUGAUUGACAGCCCCAGACCCCCAACCUCAACCCCAACACAUUCUCCCCUCCCCCUAAGUUCCAGGCAUGAGAGUUUGGGCCUUUCUGUGUACCCUCAUGCUGCUGAUGUCCCUGGUGCUGUCCAAAUCGCAUGGCAGGUACCCACAGCGGUCCAUGGAGAUCCAGACAUCGAUGCUUCCUGGUACACGGGGCGGGGCAUCCGGCCACUGGGGCGCUUUGGCCGGCAGGAGGCCGGGGUCAACAGAGGGGCAAAGCACCCCAUCCGCCGUCUGUGCAUUCCCAUCACGGCUGAAGACGACUCAAACGAUAACUAGUGAAGAUUGUGCUUUUUUUCCCCAGCUCCUCACGCAAUGCCUACCCUGAUUUUCAUAUUAAUGACCAUAGCUUUGCCUUCUAAUUAUUUAUUUAUUCAUAUUUUUUGCUAAUUAAAGACUUUUAAAUAUUGCAACCAAAGACCUGAUGUAAAUUGAUGGAUGAGCCCCACCCUUUGCACCCUGAUGUCUCCUUUCUGUACUCAUUCUGUUCUGCUUCCUAUUCAUCCGAGGAACCUCAGCUUGCUGCUACAGAUUUAAAAGAGAACAUUUCAGAAAUAUUUAUGGAGUGUUUAAAUAGCCAUGGAUAAAAGCCAAGGCCAUUCAAGUGCUGAUAUUGGUUGUAGUCCCAAUGACUGUUUUAUGCUUGUGAGUGUACUACAGAUCAUUUGCUUGUUGCGAUCCUCUGGAAUAAACUGUUGAGCCAUAACUUAGAUAUUUCUCCAAACACUGUGAAUUCUGAUUGUUACAGUGUGUUGAAUUAAACGUGAUGCAACUGCAUUAUAUAACAGCCAGGUUCUGUGGGCUGCAAAUGGUGUGCAAAUGGUGCGCCCUGUCAUUCAAAUUUGCCGUUAUGUGAGUUUGGUGAGCCCAUGGGCUCCUCACAGGUGGGGGUUCGU